AUGGCCACACUUUCCUGCUACUCUCUGCAUCCUCUUUCUUCUGCUUCUUCUUCUUCAACAACGUCUCUCACUGCCAAUCACUCUCUUCCACAUCAACCCCAAAUAAAACCUGAAAUCCCUUUACUGUUCCGCUGCUCUGCCACAAUUGCCGCUAGGCCUGAAGUCAUAAUUCAACCCACAAGGCUCUUUGUCCAGCCCAUUCUACUAUUUGCUGGCUUUGACAAACCUUUGGAUACCCAAACUUUUCUUGCUACUAUAAGUGUCUUGGCUGCCAUUGCUCUCUCUCUCUUUCUCGGUCUUAAGGGUGACCCUCUGCCUUGUGAGAGAUGUGCUGGCAAUGAAAUGAAAGAUAAUUAUGAAAUACCGAUUCCAUUUCAAGCCAGCAACGGAAGAAUGUAA